UGUUCUUUAAAUCUCAAAUAAUAUUAGUAGACAGAAGGAAAAUAUUUUAUCCUCUCCCCUAUAUUCAAUUUCUUAAGUAGUUUCCUCGUAAAAUUUUUACAUUUUAUACUUCAUUAUAAUUUUUCUAAGCAGAUCAUAUCAUGGAGGACGACAAAGAGAACAAAUGCUUCCAUAUGUUGAUGAGAGCUUUCUCUUUCCUGACUCAAUUAAUUCUUAUAAUCAUCGCAGUUUUAAUACAGAUGUUUGGGUCAAUGUUUGAAAAAAUCUUCAAUGGCAAUAUAUUUCGAAGAAAAAAAGAAAGGUUGAUAAAUGAAGAAAGCGAAGAUUAUCUCUCUGUCAUUGGACAUAUUGACACUAGAAUGGAUCUCAACAAGGAUAUUAAGCAUGGAGAUGCGAGAUAUUAUCCCGCACUUUCAAUGAUGGCAGCUAAAAUAGCCUACGAAAAUGAACUUUUUAUUAAAAAAGUUGUUUCUCGUCAUUGGAAUAUGGAGUUUGUGAAAUUCUACAAGUGUUACAAUGAAAAUCUAAAGAGAAAAACAACUGAAGCGUUCAUAAUGCGCGAGGGAACUGCAGAAGAUGAUAAAUUCAUUGUAGCAUUCAGAGGAACCACAGAUGCAUAUGAUUGGAGCACCGACUUCGAUUACUCAUGGUGCAAUAUAGAUGGAAUGGGAAGAACUCAUAGGGGUUUCAUGAUAGCCUUGGGUCUAAGGGAAUUUAGUUUAUUAGAUGAAGAUUAUAAAUGUGAUUUUCCUAAUAGCCAAAUUGAGCAAGACCCUGAAAAACCUAUAGCUUAUUAUGUCAUUAGAGAUAAAUUAAAAGAAAUUAUGGCAGAAAAUAAAAGGGCAAAAUUUAUUGUUACUGGUCACAGUUUAGGGGGUGCACUUGCAAUAUUAUUUCCAGCAAUAUUGGCUUAUCAUGGAGAAGUUGAAUUAUUAGAUAGAAUGGAGGCUAUUUAUACUUUUGGUCAACCAAGAGUUGGAAAUGCUGAAUUUGGGAAAUUUAUGAAAAAGAAAUUAAGAGAGUUUAAUAUUAAGUAUUAUAGGAUUGUUUAUGGCUAUGAUAUUGUGCCUAAGCUUCCCUUUGAUAAUGCCUGGAUGAAAUUCAAGCACUUUGGGACAUCCAUCCACUUUAACAGCUUCUAUUGUGGAAAGAUAGUUGAAGAAGAAGCAAUCAAGAAAGAUGAAAAGGAAGUAAAUAUUAUGAUCAAAAUACUGAGAAAGCCGAGUGAAAUAGUGAAGUCAUUCAUGGUUUUCAUACUAAAAACAUUAAAUGCAAAGUGGGAGCUGAUAAGAGGGUUUAUAAUUGGAAUCACAGCAGGCCCAUAUUAUAAAGAGGGCUGGUUUCUUAUUGGGCUCAGGUACGUUGGCAUCAUAUUUCCAGAUUUCAUCAACCAUAAUCCUCAAGAUUAUGUUAAUUCUACUAUGUUGGGCUCCCAAGAUUUGUUCAAAUACUACCCUCAUUGACUAAUUAUCUUUUGUGUAUUAUGUUAAUGGGUGUACUUAUCUCGUGUAUAUUUAACAUUUGAAUGUCAAUUAGUCCCAAAAGAGGACAAUUCCAUAAUCUUAUAAUAUGGUCCUAGUUCUGUGUUCUUUGACAUACGAUUCUUGAAGUAGCUUGAGUUGCGAUACCAAAAAUGUGGAGACGGGUUGAACUUGUUCACGAAAAGAUAACUACUUCGUUCCU